CAACCAGCUCCAUGUCUCUGCCAGCAGUCCCUCCUUCAGCUACGGCUUCUCCUUUGGACAGCCUACUGAUGGCUAAAUCCAGGCCAGCAAUUCUUCCUGCUACUCAAUGCUCCCCAACACAGCAACCUUCGUCAGGAGCUGCUGCUCAAGCUUCUGAAGCCUCCUCCUCACAUGAUGAUUCAGUUGGGCCUGACAACAUCGAAGGGUAUGGAGCAGUACAAGACUUGGCAGAGUUUUUGGUUGGCCUCAGACACCACCGUCUUGCCUUGAGUGGAGAAGAGGCCAACCAGGUCAUCACCCUGUGGCAAAUGCUGGGGGAGUACGACAAAAGGAAAACCAUUUACCCAAUACGUCACCGAACCAACCUGGAACAGGGUCGAUUCCGGGCAACCAAAAAGAUUGUGGCACCAGGUGUAGAGAGCACCAAAAGAUCUUUCAUCGGGGCCCACAGUCCAGCUCAGUGGCCUGACUGUAACAGGGUGGUGGAGGCCGUCUUCCUGAGACUCUGUGCCCUCUACCCAAAUGCUGUGCACUGUGAUGGUAAAAAGGUGUCCCGGUUCACAAUGAUGGCUCGUUUAUACAAACACAUCCGGGAGUGUGUAAUAACAAACAGUAGAGUGAUGAGUGAGACCACCAUCCAGCUCCCCGAAGUAAACGCUGCCACACUCACACAAUGGUACAGCAGGCGCAGCAGGGGACGGGAACAAAAAAUUCUGCUCCGGGGCGUCCCAGCUCCAGAUCCACCCAUGGCUGCCCCAGAAAAACUAUGUCCAGCGGUACAGAAAGAUCCUUCCCUGUUUUCAGCCAGUUUACUUCCGCCUCAUCAAUUCAUCUUGCCACUAAAUACUGCUGGGGAAGCACAUCUGAAAGGGAGGCCACAACCCCAAGCCAUCUUCCCAACUCCACAGCCCCAUCCACAGCUGCACUUCCUGUCACAACUGCCACCUGGCUACGUUGUCCCGUCAGGGGCUGCAUCCUCACAGGUGACGGCUGCACCUGGACGCUUUGAUUUGAUUUGA